GGUUGAUCCCUUUAAAAAAACUAUUUCAGUCAAGCCUGGGUGGAGUUUUUUUUCCUUCUCUACAAGGCACGAAUUUGCCUGUGACACGGCACGUGAACCUCCUUCAAUUCUAAUCCGAAAAAAGGCAUGAAGUAAUAAAUGUUAGAAACACACAGAACUACGCGCAGACUAGGGGAGAGAGGGGAGAAAACGGAGAGAGAAAAGCACGCGCCGCUCUAGUGCGUCUGUGCAAAGACUGCGUAAAGAAACAAAUAUACAACUUAAAAAACUAAAAACGUGCGCUGCGCAGUUAGUCCGGACAAAAACGCGUUUUUUUCCCUAAACAUUUUUAGAAGAUAAAAUAAAUAAAGAAAUCAAGCUGGCUCAGUGCGUUUCACAGCAGCCUGCUUUGACAGGUGCUGCUCAACCCCUUUGGAGGACUGCUGUCAGCAGUAGCAAGAGGAUGGCAUCAGAACUGGCAAUGAGCAACUCCGACCUGCCCACCAGUCCCCUGGCCAUGGAAUAUGUUAAUGACUUCGAUCUGAUGAAGUUUGAAGUGAAAAAGGAGCCUGUGGAGCCGGAUCGCAGCAUCAGCCAGUGCAACCGCCUGAUCGCCGGGGGAUCCUUGUCUUCCACCCCGAUGAGCACGCCUUGCAGCUCGGUUCCCCCUUCCCCAAGCUUUUCGGCGCCUAGCCCGGGCUCCGGAAGCGAGCAGAAGGCUCACCUGGAGGAUUUCUACUGGAUGAGCGGCUAUCAACAGCAGCUGAAUCCCGAAGCGCUGGGCUUCAGCCCCGAAGACGCAGUAGAGGCGCUGAUCAGUAGCAGCCACCAACUCCAGUCCUUCGAUGGCUAUGCUAGAGCGCAGCAGUUUGCCGGGGCGACCGGGGCAGGAGGCGGCAUGGCCGGUGAGGAGAUGGGCUCAGCAGCCGCUGUGGUAUCGGCCGUUAUCGCUGCAGCGGCAGCCCAAAACGGAGGUCCCCACCACCACCACCACCAUCACCACCACGCUGGGGGACACCACCCCUCCACCGGAGUCCCGUCCAAUGCCAGCUCGGCGGGCAGCCACCAGCACAUGGGACACCUCGACCUGGACGACAGGUUUUCGGACGACCAGCUGGUGACCAUGUCUGUUCGGGAGCUCAACCGACAACUCCGCGGGGUCAGCAAGGAGGAGGUGAUCCGACUGAAACAGAAAAGGAGGACCCUAAAGAACAGAGGGUAUGCCCAGUCGUGCCGCUACAAGCGAGUCCAGCAGAGACAUGUUCUGGAGGGCGAGAAGACGCAGCUGAUCCAGCAAGUGGAUCACCUCAAGGCGGAGAUAUCGCGACUGGCCCGGGAGAGGGACGCAUACAAGGACAAGUACGAGAAACUCAUCACCAACGGCUUCAGGGAAAACGGAUCCAGCAGCGACAACACACCCUCGUCCCCAGAGUUUUUCAUGACGUCAAGAAAGUUCCUGCAUCUGUGAUAGUGACUUGUGAAUCCUGCCCCUGCCCUUUACCUGGAGUCUGAGAAUCCAUGACAGAAGAAUGCUGAUGUCUUAUGAAUGACUGCCACAAAGCACAACGUCCACUAAAUGCCUCCAAACCUUCCAGAGCAAGUGACACGAUAAUACACACAAAGAGAUUGCGAGAAAAUGAAAAACCCAAGGAAAAGAGUUAAUAUUUGAUCAGCUACUACACCUCCUGGAUUCCCUGUUCCUCUGACAUCAGCGGUAUUAACGGACGUAAUUCUGACCCAACAUCAUGACAAAGACAGUCCUCCUCAUUGUAAAUAGCAUUUUGUAGAGUAUUCUAUGUGAUAUAUGUAGGCAGGAGGUCUUUAACUGUUGAGGAAAGGAGUGAUGACAUAAGUCCCAUUUAGCACAUAGGCGAAAUGGUGGCAAUGUUAAUAAUGUACAGUAAGGGAAUAGGGCCUGAUAUAAACUACUGGUCUGUAUGAAACCAUACCUGUAACAUGUUCUGUACAUAGGUAUCAGCCAUAUCUGCAUAUUCCUCCUAACCCAUUCAUCUAAACUAGAACAGAUUAUGUCUCUGUAGAGUAGAUCUAGACAGGAAGAGACUGGACACAGGAGAGGUGGCAGCCUAAUGUACUGAAGAACACAGGCUUCAGUGUUAAAGCCCCACCGUUCUGAACGCUCUCCUCUCCAACUCACCUCUCCGCAGUGUAGCUAGAAGAUACCCCUUGUGUUUUUGCACAUUUAUAUUCCUCUCCUAAGUGAAAUGACAGUUCCAGUUCAAUGGUUUGGCAGCUUUAAAAAAAAAAAAAGUUUGUUUUCAUACCCACUUUCACCCUCCCCCUUUGUUCCUGAUUGGCUAAUCCCUCCAGCCCUGAUAGGCUGCUGCCAGUCAGUUGUCGAGUUCAUCAGAGGGCCUGUAGGCCCGUUGGUCUGUCUGAGACCAGGCGUUCACUAAGCUCCCACAGGCUGGAUGCCGCGGCCUGGUCCUCGGCCUGGGGUGAGGGCAGGCAGCGGAAACAGUUGUUGAAGUACAUCCCUCCCAGGCCCUGCAGCUCUGGAGCCACGGCACAGUACACCACCGUGGCCGCCCCCUGUUGCUGUGGACAGAGACAGAGACACCAGUCGACAUGGAGGACAGAGACAGGGCAGCACCGAGCAACGUCAACAGAAUCUGUGUGUGAAGAGUGGACAGUCAAGCACACGCGCACACACACACACACACACACACAAAUCAGUUCCCUCCACCUUAAAGACAUCUUGCCAGGACUUCCACCAGAGUUCUGACACUCACACACCUGGACUCAGCAACCCUCGCAUCUUUCCUGCAUGACCCCAGAGCUUCUGUACCUGACAGAGAACCAACUGCAUACUAAUGGAGAGAGACCUAAAGAGAGACUCAACAGGCCGUAUUACCAUUGGGACGAUGGCCCUGUAUACAUAUUUCUACCUAUAUAUUUAUUUAUUUCUAUAUUGUGUGUGUUCAGGACUGAUGACUUUCCACAGAGUGCAUGCUGAAGUAAAUGUGAAAAAUCCAAAAACCGUGUCCACAAAACAGCACAGACCUCCGCGAAAACACAUUCAAAUGAAUGGAAGGUGGCGAUUGUUCAUACAGAAAUAAAAUCACCAAAAAGUGUUGCACUUGCAAUCUUUACAGCAGUAAUGUUUAGUUUAUGUGUUUUGGCUCUUUGGCCACCUUGAGGGCUGUUUUGUGGACAGAGAACGUGACCUGCAGUGUCAUGAACAGGGAAGGAAAGAGUGGACAGCCAGAGGACAUGCAGUAUGUAGAUUGAGAUUGUACAGUUUAUCUGUAUGUUCAUAUCAUCUGGAGCUUCAUGUGGAAAGUCUGUCGGAGGGGUGGAGAAGAGUUUACUCAGAGGUUUGCCACUCUACUCCCCUAAGAGUCACCCAAGUGAAAAGAAAAGGGACUUUUUUUCAAAAACACACAAACACACUAUAUAGAUGCAUGCACGCAUUUGCCAUCCCGACUGCCAACCGACCAAGCCUCUCUUCUGUUUCUAAAAAGCAGACAACCUUCUCUAUCCUACACACCCUAAUUGAUCGGGAAGCGGCUGUAUUUCCCAGUUAAACAUCUCACAUCCAGUAUAUGGGGGUGCUCUGAGACGUGCCUCACUAGUGCAGCACCCACACUCACAGUCGGUAAUUAGGAGCGGAGAGAGGGACAGAGACGGAGAGGAAGAGAGAGAGCGAGAGGGAGGGAAACAGAGAGGGCAAAGAGAUUCUACAACGUUUGAAACAGACGUCAGAGAGAAUUACAGCCAGAAGUCAGGCGCUCAGAGGGAUCUUUCAUGUAGCCCCACUGCAAGCUAAAAGCUGCUGUGACGUGGCGAGAAGAGAGACUCUGGGCUGAAGCUGACUUCUAUAGAACAGGCACAUGAAAUAGUUCUCGCUGCUCUUUAUCUGCACAACAAACUGAGGAGAGCACUGAUGACAGAGAGCAAAGCAAGGCACAGUUUAGUACAGUGCACUGGCAGGAGCAGUUCUACAGUCGCACACAAACACACACACAUUCAUUUACACGCACACUUCAAAGGCCCAGUCUCACUGAGGCUCAUUUAGCGUCAGCAGGCCAAUCUGGCAGAGACUAACACCAGAAGACACACAUACAGGAAUAUGACAAAUGUACUCCGACACGCACGUUGACACUCAUUAGGAUCUAGAAAUAUACACUUUCACAUAGAUAUAUACAAACAUUCUUGGAAUAAAGUGCAGAAAUUCACAGAUGUACACUCUCAUUGAGAAAUACAGACGCACUAAACAGACUUCUUUCUCGGUGUUGGCAGAAGCAGAUUGAGGAUGUUAGAAAAAGCAGAUGAAAUGACUGCAUCUCUCUGCUGUUUCCCUUCCUGCCAGUACACUGAUAACUAUAUACCUCUCACAGGACUGCCAUAUCAAAGGCUUUCAAAUGUCACUCAGUGUCUAGGAGACAGACCCAAACCCACACAUACAAACUUCAAAAGCAGGGAGGCAGUUCAUUUAACUAACUCAUUCCCCUGUAAGGUAUCUGCUUUAAAACGUACACGCAAACUAAUUUAAGACGGAACAUAUUCCAGACUAAUCCUUUUCAAAGUUUUUUUUUGAAGUAAAGGCAGGUAAUCAAUAUGUUGAAAAAAAUUCCAGCUGAUCUGAAAGUGUCAAAAAAAGGACACUCCCACUGAUCAGCUUCACCGGGCAGCUGUGGACUGUGUGCUCUGAGGGAAACUGUGUACCAAGCAGAGAGAGGGGGCGGGUGGUGGGUUAUCUUGGUGUUUAGCUACUUGACUUGGUGACCUCUGUAAGAGAUAAGACUGAUGAGAUCAGACAUGCUGAACCACCUACAACCACUAUCUAUCACACAGGCUUUAGGAGCAGGGGGAUAGGCACGCCCACAGGCAUGCUAUCACACCACACACACUAACACAAGAGCUGUCUGAUUCAUGCCCUCGCACAGACGACUCCGAACUCUCUCUCUCUCUCUCACAGACACAAACGCGCCCUCCGUCCCUCCUGAGGUGAAAGGUUACCGGGCAGAUGUUGUAUAAUCAUGUAAAUUAUCGAUGGAUAACUGUUUAAGUGUUGACCGGCCAAUUGCUCUUUGUUUUUGUCUACUAGUAUCUUGUCAAUGUCAAUGGUGAUUCUGAUUCUACAAUACAUCAUUUUACAGAGUUGACGGAGAUAAAUGAUGGUUUUCAUGGGGUUGGUAUGUUCCAGGCAGACGUAACUGGUUAGAGGAGUGAACACCACAGCAACUGUCCCUGAAACCUCACACUCCUCACCAUAAAUAACAGGGAGCGCAAAACAAGAACGUCUACCAUCACUUUAGCAAUAUAUUAGAAAUGUGACAGGCCAAAGUUGCCCGAGACAACUAGCUCUCCUACAGACCAUUUACAUAUAGAGAACAUGAACCUCUGCAUGAACAUAAUCUCAACGUUGUAAGAGCUGCAAUAAACAGGCCCCAGAUUAGCAGCAAUAACCUGACCCUAUCUGGCCUGAACCAUCACUGCUCUAUAAACUGGUCCCAGAACACUUUAAUGUCUUCCAAUUUUCAACGUAAUGAAAAUAAUGAAUAUGUACAAUUUUCAACGUAAUGAAAAUAAUGAAUAUGUACAAUUUUCAACAUAAUGAAAAUAGUGAAUAUGUACUUUAGAAAGAAGUCCGCAAUAUUUCACUGUUAAACAGCCACUCUUCAGCUUAUUGAAAAGCAAGGUGAGAGAACGGGGAGGUAUUGAUGUUGAAUCGGUAUACUGCUGUAUCUCGAAGGUGUUUGGUGUUGUCUUCAUAGUAUAACAUGUAAGUGUGGUGAACCCUAAUCAUCUCCAGUCACUCUGGGUUUGUACAGUAUACCAGUAAUAUAAGAUGCAUUGUUCUAUGACUUAGCAUAGGGUAAAAUGUCAUGUUGAAGGUGUUCCUUUCUGCCUAAUCAUGGUGGUGCUCUGUCACCCGAGUUGUCUCUGAUCACACGCAUGUGUUUUUUAACCCAGCCAUAGUUAUAUCAUUGAACCCUGACCCCUGACCUGUACAUACACCCAGUACUGUAGAACAGUCUGUUUUUGGCCCAGCCCAUCUUGUGCUGUCGUGUACAUAAGGACAUGUAAAUACCAAACAGCUAUGCAUGCUGAUCCUCUAGCACUUCUUUCAGGUACUUUUAUAAUCCCAAACUUCUCGUAUGGCAUGUGCUGAAAAUCAACUAUGAAGAAGAAAAAAAACCCAGAAAAGAUGUAUAUGAAAAAGAACCAAUGUUAGUCGAUCCUAUGCCAUCCUGGAUCAGGUCUAACAUCUCACAGUCUGGUUAUCCUGUUCCUUUAACCGUCAUUCUUACCGUGCUUCUAGUUGAGGUUCUGUUCAGCUGUCCUACAGACUGAAGGGUUGAGGCACAGCAGAGAGGGGUCAUUAUACCUUGUUUCUAAAGCAGACCCUGCUUGAAUGGAUUGUGGUCAGAAAUUGUUCUGUUUUAGGGCUCCAGGACGGGCAGGCUAUAGAUCAACAUCCAUGACAGAGUGAUGAGUGAAGACAGCUGGGGGCCGUACAACCCUGCCUGGCUCCCGGGGCCCUGCCUGUAGAAGUCUAUCUGUAUGCCAUGACGAAGAAGAUGGGACUCCAACGGGACUCUGUGUUUUUGCUAAUACUUUAGGAAUGUUUAUUUUCAACCCCAUGGCGUUCACAAUAGAUGGAAGUGUCGGAUUUUUAAUCUGUGCUAAAGAUAUUUUACAUUUAAUAAAUUAUCAUUGUAACAAGA